GUCGGGAAGAGGACGCGGUCGUAGACGCAGAUGUCGUUGAGGCAGCGCGACCGCGCCGCGAACGACGUCGCGUAGUAGCCGCUCCAGGCGCGCGCGAACGCGAGCGCCGGCGCGGCGGCGCCGCCGCGGAGCGCGAGCGUCAGGAAGCCCGUGUCGGGCAGCGCGCGCUGGCUGCGGUUCGCCGCGAAGAAGUCGCGCGGCGCGAGGCACGCGGCCGCGUCGCCGUCGCGCGGGUAGUCGGCCCGCGACGGCACGACGUAGCGGUGGAUGGUCGCGACGUCGUGCGCGCGCGCGAACGCGAGGAACCGCGCGUCGGCCAGCGGCGCGACGAGCUCGAUGUCGGCGUCGGCCCACGCGACGACGUCCACGCUGGCGUCGCGCGCGCCGGCCUCGGCCGCGUGCCGGAUCGCCGCGACCUUGCGGAAGAUGAAGUGCGCCUUGGCCGUCAGGUGCGUCGCGUGGCGCGGCGCGCCGCGCCGCGCGACGGCGUUCGCGUACGCGCGGCCGAAGACCGUCGCGGGGCCCUCCGUCGGGUCCUGCGCGUCGGCGAACGCGGCGAGCCACGGGUACAGCACGUGGAGGUCGUGCGCCGCGUAGCAGCCCGCCGCCUCCACGAAGCACGCCGGCGCGUCGCGCCGCGCGCGCGGCUCCGUCGGCUCGAGGCCCGCGGCGGCGUCGGCCGAGUCCUCGUGGUAGACGACCAGCGCCGCGCCGACGCGCGCCGCGCUCGGCACGAGCAACGACGCCGUGCGCACGCCGUUGACCGUCGUGGCGACGAUCACGCGCCGGUCGCAGCGACAGCGCGCAUCGCUGCUGGCCGCGAGGAGGAGCAACGGCCACGGCCGCAUUUAUGGAGUGGAUUGUGCCCCUUGGCGUCGCUAUUCUUGGUGAAGUAUUAUUAAAAAUCGGCCUCGUGUGCCGCGGCGCGCGCAGCUGCGACGCCGGGUUUUGUAGGUUUUGUAGGUCCAUACAAUUCAAAGCCCCCAAAAGUUGAAGCCGCCCUGUAUGCCAUCGACGCGACUCCGAGACAAAGUAAUGAAAACCAAAGAGACGAACGACUCCCAUAAACAAGGGGCAUGGCAGCCGUGAUUGCGGUCCUGGCGGCAGCUGCCCUGGCAGCAGCUCAGCCAACACCUGCACCUGUGCCGUGCGUGUCGCCCGAGACGGAAGCGGAGUGCCGGGCGGCCGUCGCCGCGGCGGGCUUGUCGGAGGGCUACAACACCAUGCCCUUUGCCUGGUCGUACGGCUCGGGCCUCGGCUGCCACACGUACCUCAGCGGACCGUUUGUAAACAGCGGCUUUUGGUCGACGUCGGGCGACCCCACCGGCGAGCCCUCUGAUUCCAACCGCGUGCGGGUGUGCGCCGCGUCGACGGCCCCGACGCCGCGGCCUUUGUUCACGUCAAGCCCAACCGCGCUCCCAACCGGUCUGCCAACCGCACUCCCAACAGCAGCGCCAACAGCACUGCCAACAGCAGCACCAACGGCGCUGCCAACAGCAGCACCAACAGCAUCCCCAACCGCGGUCCCAACCGCUCUCCCGACAACGCUCCCAACCGGUCUGCCAACCGCACCGCCGACUUCGGUACCAACCGCACUGCCGACUUCGGUACCAACCGCACAACCCACAGUGAGCGCACGACCCACACCGCGCCCACACUGGGUUUGGUGCGCGAGCAACACGUUCACGGAGCACGUCAUCAAGAGUUCGGCGACCGGCGCGACCUGCGUACUCGCGGCCGACGUUGACCGCGACGGCGCGGUAGACGUCCUGUUCUCGGCCUCGGCUACGGACACCGUCGCCGUGCUCUUCAACGACGGCAGCCAAACCUUUACCGAGACCGUGAUCAGCAGCAGCGCGGACGACGCCUGGUACGCGGAAGUCGGGGACGUCGACGGCGACGCGGACGUAGACGUGCUCUCGGCCGCGCGCACGGGCGACGAGCUCGUGUGGUGGGAGAACGAUGGCACUUCGACCACCUUCACCAAGCGCCUCAUCGCGACGCCGGCCUGCGCCCCGCGUCCACUUCCCUUUUGUUCCCGCGGCCGUGGCGAAUCAAAAAAAAAAGCGUCACCUCCACGCCAUCGCCACGACGUGUUUUACUCCUAGGCCGGUCCCACGUCCGUUUGUGCUCACGACGUCGACGACGACGGCGACCUAGACGUGGUUUCUACGUCGUACAACGACGAUACGCUCGCGUGGUACGAGUCAGAUUUAGCGAGUAUCGUACGCCAUCGAGAGACAGACCCCAGUCGCUGCGGCCCGCUCUUCGCGGAUACGAAGUGCACGGGGUAUUCGUCGAGCGGCGGCGCGGAAUACUGCAACGAGGCUAACGGCUGGUGCGGCGUCACGGACGCGCACAGGGACGCCCAGGCGAGCACGACCUACGACUAUGUGCCCGGCGUCAGCGAGGCGCAAUCGUGGACCUUGCACACGCUCACCACGUCGAGGAACUGGGCGUGGCUGGCGCGCCCGGUCGACAUGGACGGCGACGGCCACGCGGACGUUCUCCUCGCUUCGUGGGGCGACGAUACGGUCUCUUGGUGGUAAAAACGACGGCGUCGUGAAUGCGCCGCUCGUCGCCCUUUGCGCCCGAGAGUUUCCGAGAAGGGUCUCCGCCCCCCCUCCUCCUUCUGUUGGGACGACGGACCGCACCACCUUGACGCCAUCGACGCGAGAGCCCGCCAGGUCCUCGCUCGCCACGACCGACGGCGUGCCCUCGACGCCAUCGACGCGACGCGAUCCACUGCUCGACGGCGGAAUGGGCCUCGUCGAAACGACGAUCACGCCACCAUCCCCCCCCAAAAAAGCAAACACUUCAGACGAUGCGCAGGCAAAAUGACGGCACGGGCGAAUCCUUUGCGGAGAACAUCAUCACGACCGCCCAGGACGGGCCUUGGGGCUGCGUCGCGGACGACAUCGACGGCGACGGAGCGAUGGACGUCGCGUGCGGCUCGAACCGGGACAACAGCGUAAUUUGGUACGAAAAUGCCAAGGGCGACUCGCUGACCUGGACGGCACACGUGCAGUCGACGGUCCACUCGACCCUCAGCGUCUUCGCGGCCGACGUGGACGGGGACGGCGAUACAGAUUUACUCGCGUCCACGAGCAACACGGACGACGUGCUUUGGUACCAGAACAACGGAGUGCCUCUGUUCAUCGAGCACUGGAUCGGCGGCGUCGACUCGGGCUAUCGCAUACACGCCGCCGACGUCGACGGCGACGGCGACGUCGACCCGCUGGUGGCCGACUUUGCCGACAACCAAAUUUCCUGGUUCGAGAACGAGUGCGGGACCCCGGAGCCCACAUUCACGCCCAGGCCGACAACGUCGCCGCAGCCCACGCCCGUGCCCUCCUACGACACGCCCGCGCCGACGGGAACGCCGAGCUACGCCACGGCCGCGCCCACGCUCACGCCGGUGCCGACGGUGCCCGCGCCGACGCCGCGGCCCUCGGCGACGUGCGACAUCAUGGCCUGGAGCGCGCGUCAACCUUUCGCGGGCACGGACGAUUCGAAGAACGUGUUUCCCGUGGACGUAGACCAAGACGGCGACACGGACGUGGUGGUUGCGGCAGACAACAGGGACACCCUCGCGUGGCACGAAAACGCGGACGGCUCCGGCGCAUUUACCACCGAGCACGUCGUGACGAGCACGCGAGACGGCUUGUUCUACGCGAGUCCGCUCGACGUCGACGGAGACGACGACGUCGAUAUAUUUGCGUGCUCCUACCGCGACUCCAUCGUGUCGUGGUGGGAAAACGACGGGUCCGCGAACUUUGCCGAACACGUGCUCAACACGUACGGAGGCGGCGCGCUGUCGGUCAUCGGAGCCGACGUCGACGGCGACAACGACGUGGACGCCGUCGUCGCCAACGAGGGCGAUAACGACGUGGAAUGGUUCGAAAACCAGGGCUCGCAGAACUAUCGGGUGCGCUACGUGAGCAACUAUGUCAAUACGCCGAGGGAAGCGGCGCCCGUCGACAUGGACGGCGACCAGGACGUGGCGCGCGGCGUCCUCGUGGAGCGGCGGGCGCGAGCGAGCUCGGGCGCGUGGUCUGGCCUGCACCAGGCGGACGGCGAUCGUCGCCGGGCGACGUCGUCGGACGCAAGGGCGCGCAGCGCGCGAGCAGGGCUGACCCGCGGUCGCGCGGCGAGUAAGAGAGAGAGAGAGAGAGAGAGCGCGCGCGCGCGGGAAGGCGUUCGCUCACCGGCGCCUUCCCGCUCGCUCACCGCUACCGACGCAGGUGGACGUGCUCGUCGCGUCGCUCAAGGGCGACAGCAUCUUUUGGUUCGAGAACGACGGUCAGGAAAACUUUGCCCAGUACACGGUCGGGACGGGCGCCGACGGACCCAAGGACGUCGAGGCCGCCGACCUCGACCGCGACGGAGACGUGGACUGCGUAUCCGCGUCGCAGAAUGACGACGAAGUGGCCUACUACGAAAACGACGGGACGAUGACCUUUACGCGAACCAUCGUGAGCGAGGAGAGCGACUACCCCUGGGGCGUUGCCGUCGCCGACGUGAACGGUGAUGGCUUCCUGGACAUUGUCGUAUCAGCGUACAACGACGACGACCUGAGCUGGCUGGAGAACGCGGGAGACCAGACCUUUACCGAAAAUAUGAUCGACGAUACCAGCAACGCGGGCGUCGGCGUGGCGGUGUUCGACGCCGACGCCGACGGGGACUGGGAUGUCGUCCAGGCGAGAGCAAACGAUCCCGCAGGCUGGUACGAAAACCAGUGCGCCACCCAUCCCCCGACGAUCUCCCCGUUCCCCACCAGCGUUCCGACGGCCGAGCCCACGGGCCUUCCGACGGUCCCGCCGUCUCCGGUGCCGACCGUGCCCCCCACAUCGGAGCCCACGGCCCUGCCAUCGACGACGCCGACCUCGGAGCCCACCACGCCCCCCACAUCGGAGCCCACGGCGCUGCCAUCGACGACGCCGACCUCGGAGCCCACCACGCCCCCCACAUCGGAGCCCACGGCCCUGCCAUCGACGACGCCGACCUCGGAGCCCACCACGCCCCCCACAUCGGAGCCCACGGCCCUGCCAUCGACGACGCCGACCUCGGAGCCCACCACGCCCCCCACAUCGGAGCCCACGGCGCUGCCAUCGACGACGCCGACCUCGGAGCCCACCACGCCCCCCACAUCGGAGCCCACGGCCCUGCCAUCGACGACGCCGACGUCGGAGCCCACCACGGCCCCCACAUCGGAGCCCACGGCGCUGCCAUCGACGACGCCAACGGCGGCCCCGACGUCGCUCCCUACCUUGCCGCCGACGCUCGUUCCCGUCUCGGCGCCUACGCCGCUCCCCACGUCCGUACCCACGACGAUCCCGACGUCCGCGCCGACGGGCGUGCCCACGACGCUGCCGAGCCCUCUGCCGACGCCGACGCCGACGCCCGCGCCGUCGAUCUCGCCCGCGCCGACGACCUACGCCUACGAGUACGAGAUCGUGGCGCACUAUCCGAUGAUCAAUGGGUCGCUGGCCGACGUGCGCGGGGGCGCCCACGGCCGGGGCUGCGACGCCCAGGGGUGUGGGAAAAAGCUGAAAAGAGCCGCGGCGCGCGACCACGGCGACGCGGUGCUGCUCAACGCGAGCAGGUACGUCGAGCUGCCCAACAGCACGACGGCGGCUGUCUCCGGGGACGCGCCGCGGACCAUUUGCCUGUGGGUCCGGAUCGACGUCUGGGAACACAAGGCCCAGCUCUUCGAGUACGGCGGAGACCUCGCGCGGCGGUUCGGCCUGCGCACCUCCACGCCCCCCGGCCGCUUCGAGAGCGUCGGGCACGGCAACGCCACGGUCAACCUCACGGGAGGCUUUCGGGUUGCCGCGGCGCGCUUCGGCGCCUCCCUUCAACGUGGAUUGGAUCGCGUCGUCGGCGUCGAGGCCGCGCCUGUUUUCGCCGGCCGACGUCCGUCCGGGGGAGACGGUCCCGACGCGUGGGGCAUGCGGCCGCCCGCCUUGCGCGGCGGCGGGGACCGGGCCUCACAGCGCCGGCGGACGCCCGCAGGCGAAGCAAGGAUCCAACGCGACGACGAAGAGCAGCCCUUGGAUCGGCACGUGGCGCCACUACUGCCUGACGUACGUCCGGCGGAACGUGACGUUGUACGUGGACGGUCAAAGGGAAACGAGCUGGAACGCGACCGUCAACACGAGCGCCUCCGCGCUCUACGUGGGCGCGGACGUCAACGGGUCGCACACGCUCUCCGGCGCCGUGGACGAGGUCUACGUCUACCGGGGCGCCCUGGCCGCCUGGCAGAUCGACGUCCUCUACCAGGACUUGAGCCCACCGUCCGACUCGGCGUCGAACGUCGAGGGGCGCCGAACAGAGACGUCGCCCGCGCAGGCCGUCGGCCGCGCCGACGCUUGCGCCCACGGCCGUGCCGACGGGCCCGCCGACGCCCCUGCCGACGCUUGCGCCCACGUCGCUUCCGACGGCCGCGCCGUCUUCGGCCCCGACGUCGGCGCCGACGUCGGCGCCGUCGGUGCCGGUGCCAACAGACGCCGUCGGUCCGCGCAGACGACGGAGAGAGAGAGAGAGACCCCCGCGCAGGUCGCGCGCGCCGACGACCCCGCCGAGCGCCGCGUCGACCCCGCCGCCGACGGCGCCGCCGACGACGGCCUGGCCCACGGCGCUGCCGACGCGCGCGCUCGCGACGUCGACCGGCUCGCUCUCGAUGGAGGGCGUCGCCGCGGGCGACUUCGACGACGCGGACGUCGUGGCGAGCUUCGAGGAGGGCCUCGAGGCGACGAUGAACGAGACGACCGUCACCGUGACCGGCGCGACGGACGCGCGCCGGCGCCGGCGCCUCGACGACGCGCCCGCGACGACGGUCCUCUUCGAGAUGCUGUCGCGGCGGUCCUCGGCGGACCUCGCCGCGGAUCUGGACGCGGCGCUUGCGACGGGCGUGCUGGCGCACCGCCUGCGCACGCGGUCGGCGGCCUUUGCGACCGUCGUGCCGCUGACCGUCGUCGUCGCGUUCCCGGACCCGACGCCCGGCCCGACGCCCGGGCCGUCGACGCCGACGCCGACGGCCAGGCCGCAGAGCGUCGCGCCGACGGCCGCGCCGACGGUCGGCUGCGACGCCGACGACCCGCCCCCGCGUGUCGUCGAGGUCGUCUUCGACGACUCGGGCGCGACCGUCGACGUGGCGUGGGACGCCGAGACCGAUUUGGGCGGCGGCGGCGUCGGGAUCGCGUUCGCCUGUGGCUCCAUUCUGGACUUCCCCGGGGCGACGGACGCGACGUGCUACUGGUCCGACGAGCGGACGGUCCGCGCGGACGUCGCGAGCGCCGCGAUCGUGCCGGGCGACAACGCGACGGCGCUGGGCGGCGUCCUGCGGCGCGCCUGCGUCGUGGGCGCGCCGGCGCCCCGGGCCUGCGCGUGCCACCCCUACGCGAACGCCAGCCGCACCGUCGUCCUGCCGCCCGAGAAUCCGCCCGCUCCGGCGAUCGUCCUCGAGGCGCCCGAGACGGUGUCGCGCUGCGAGGGUGGCUUUGUGUCGGCGCUCCAGAGCGGCGGCUCCGGCGGGCGCGACUUCACGACGGUGGCGUGGUCGAUCGCGGAGCCCGGCGCCGCCUGGGCGGCCGUGCCGUCGACCGCGACCAAGUGGUACGAGCUGGUCCUGAACGCAUCUCACCUGAACGUGUCCUCGCUCGACGUGCGCCUCGAGCUGGCGAACUUCCUCGGCGGCGCGCGCGCGGCGCGGACACGAAGCGGCGGGGCCGGCGGACGAAGCGAGAGAGACGCGCGCGUUCGUCGAGGCAACCACGCGCGACUCCGCAGGCACGGCCGAGGCCGCCGUGCGCGUCAAGGUCCAGGGCGGCACGCCGCCCACGCUCACGUUCGUCGGCGCGCGCGAGCGGACGGUCCUGGUGGCCGACGGCGUCGAGGUGGACGCGCGCGGCGUCGCGACGUCGUGCGACGGCCGGCCGAUGAGCGGACGAGCGGUCUCGUACGCCUGGGACGUCGUGGAUGCGGUCACUGGCGCCAGGCUCCCCCUCGCGUCGAGCUCACGGGACGCGCGCAAGUUCGCGGCGGGCGCCGGCGCGCUCGCGCCGGGCGCGUACGACCUGGUCGCGACCGUCGUCGACGACGCGUACGGCUUCGCGACGAACGGUUCGGUGCGGCUGCGCGUCGAGCGGUCGGCGCUGGUGGCGCGCGUGGACGGGGGCGACCGGACCGUGCCCCUCGCCGACGGCGCGGUGGCCGUGGCGAGCGCGAGCUACGACCCCGACGACAGGUCGGCGCCGCUGGCGGAGACGUGGAGCUGCGCGUUCGGCAACGACGCGUGCGGCGUGACGGCCGACGCCGAAACGGGCGCGAUCGUCGCGCUCGACCGGGGCGCCGGCGCGUACGUGGUGACGCUCGUCGCGGCGGCGACGGACGGCCGCGAGGCGACGGCCGUGGCCACGUUCGAGGCGCGGGCGGCGGACUUUCCGCGCGUGAGCGUCGCGCCGCGCUGGACCGGCGACGCCGUCGUCGCGAACGCGCGGCUCGUUGUUGAUGCGUCCCUGGAUGGAGACGCCGGCGAGGCAACCUACGAGUGGACGGCCGCCGGGAGCUUCGUCGACGGCGCCGGCCUCGCGGACGUCGCGGCGACGAGGGUCGCCGGCGACGCCGUCGUCGACGGCGCCACGACGGUGCAGUCGCUCGUGAUCCGGGCGGGCGCCCUCGUGCCGGGCGCGACGUACGCGUUUUCGCUGCGCGCGACGUGGGCCGGCGCCGCCGACGCCGGCGAGGCCGCCGUGACGGCGCGCGUCGCCGCGCCGCCGACGGCGGGCGUCCUGCGCGUGGCGCCCGAAGCCGGCGAGGCCAUCACGACCAAGUUCGAACUGGCGACGAGCUCGUGGGCCUCGACGGAGCUGCCGCUCACGUACGCGUUCUUCGCGGCCGCGGACGCCGGCGCGGGCGACACGACGGUGCUCAAGACCGGGUCGCUCGCGGCGGCGCUCGUGGCGGCGCUGCCCGAGGGCGCGCUCGCGCUCCGCGCGUGGGACGCGGCGUGCGCGUGGGCGGGGGGCGGCCUUCGAAACCCCCCCUCCAAGCUCUUACCCUAGCCCCUCUAGCCCCCCUUCAAGACAUGCAACCCGCGCGCCGGCGCCGCGGCGAGACCGGACCGCUCGCGCGCCGCGCAGGCGGGCGACGGACAGCCUCGGCGCGUCGGGCGACGCCUUCGCGGCGGCGACGGCGACGGCGCCGACGGGCGGCCUCAACGAGACGGUCGGGGUGGCGUUGGCGGAGGCCGCCGCGCUCGACGCGCCCGAGGACCUCUGCCAGGUCGUGGCCGCGGCGGCGGGCUUGCUGGGGAGCGAAACGCGGCGGCGCCUGCAGCUCGACGACGCCGCGGCCGGCGAGCUCUUCGACGCGCUGCUCGGCGCGCUGGACGACGCGCGCGGCAUGGCCGACGCGUCGAGCGACGGCGUCGCGCAGUUCGCCGCGGCGCUGCGCGCGCCCGUGCGCGCGACCGCGGGCGGGGCGCCGCUCGCGGCCGACCGGGCGCGGCUGGCGCUCGGCCAGGCGCGGAACCUGUCGCUCGACCUGCGGGCGACGGCGACCGGCGGCGACGCGCGCGACAGCAGCGCGGGCGACCUCGCGAGCGUCGUCGCGGACGUGCUGGCGUCGGACCUGUUCGCGGUCGGCGCGAGGCGGCGCCUCGACGCGACGGCCGCGGGCGCGGACGUCGCGGGUGCCGUCGACGACAUCGCGACGGCGCUCGUCGCGGGCGCCGUCGACGACGAGGCGCCCGCGGCCGUCGCGUCGGGCGGCCUCGCCAUCGCCGCGGCGAGGGCGUCGGCGAGCGCGGCGCUCGACGCGGGCGGCGCGGCGGCGGAGUACACAUCACCCGACGGACCGUUCGUCGUCGCCUUGAGCGCGCUGGACGGCGCCGGCUACCACGCGGCGCCGGUCGCCGCGGCGAAGACGCUGCGGUUUUCUCGCUCCGCGGCGGCGGGCGACGGGCGGCGGCGCCUCGCGAACGCAACGUUCCCGGGCAACGUGACGCUCGCCGUGCCCGCCGGGGACGCGCGCGGGGCGGCGGCGACGGGCGCGGUCGCCAACGCGACCGUGUACUGCCCCUGGAACUACGUGGGGCCCGUCUACGGCACCUGCCCGGCGGACAACUCCACCGUGGAGUACGCGUGCGACCGCGUCGGGGGCGAGUUCCGGGUGCUUUGCGGCGAGCUCCUGGUGGACGCCUGCGUCGGCUGGGACGGCGGCGCGUGGGACCCGGGCGCGUGCGCGGAGGACCCGGAGCGUUCGACGGCGAACGCGACGGCGUGCGUCUGCGCGCUGCCCGAGGACGGCGGCGCGCGCGACUACUCGACGGCCACGACCGCGCGGUCCUUCGCCAAGGCCUACCUGCGGAAUUUGGUGGGGCCCGUCGACCCGGAGAAGAGCGCCGUGAUCCUGGGGUUCCUCGGCGUCGUCGUGUUCGCGAGCGCGCUGGCGGCGAUCUGCGGGCACCGGCUCGACAAGCGCGACGCGACGCUUCGGCGCGGACGGCGGCUCGUGCUCUCGCACUCGUCGUCCUUUUUGCUGGGCGCCUCGACCCGCGACCUCGCGAAGACCCUGGGGGACAAGCGCGCGACGCACGGCGGCGCGCCGCCCUUGAUUCACCUCCCCGGAAGCCGACCGCGGACCUCGCCGAACGACGAGGAAGCCGCCUCCCCCGCGGACGAGCGCGGCGCCGACUUGCUCGCGGCGGGCUGGCGCGCGCGCCGCGUCCGUUCACUCUUCCGAGGCGCCUUUCGUCCCAAGUCGUCGUCGCGCGCGCAGGUGGCGCCACUACGCCGACGCGUUAGCGCGGCAGCACCCGCUGACGACGGUGUGGCGGAGGGACUGCAAGGAUCAGCAGCCGCGGGCCGCGCGGAUCAUCGCGUUGGCGGGGCAGAUCGUCAUGCUCAUGGCGGCCGUGGCGCUCGAGAUGCGGCUGGAGUACCCGGACCCGAGGUGCGACGAGCGAAAGUCGGACCGGAAAUGUCUAAAGUUCACGGUGGUCUACAACGACCACGAGCUCUGCCGGUGGGACGACGCGAGCGGGACCUGCAGCGUCAACCCGCCGCCGGACGACGCCUUUGGCGACUUUUCGCACCUGCUGGUGGUGCUCUUCGUCAUCGGGAUCACGCUGCCGUGCCAGAAGGUGUACGAGUGGGCCGUGCUCGACGUCCUGGCGCGGACCUGGCUCUGCUCGGGGCACCUGUGGCGCGACGUCGAGGAUGCGGCCGCGCGGGCCGCGCGCGAGGUGCAGGAGGACGUCGAGCGCGCGGCGCGCGCCGGAGUCUUCGUUCUCGCGUCGGCAGGCGUCUCUGCUCGGUUUGACGGGAGCAAGACGCGCCUUCCGUCUCCGCGCAGGCGCACAGCGUCGAGGGCGCCGCGCGCGAACUGCGAGACGCCGCAACCGACUCGCUGCACGCCGUCGAGGCCGCCGCCGCGAACGAAUUGCGCGCCGUCGAGAGCGCCGUCCGUGCCGGCGGGCGUGCCGAGCGGGCCUCCCACGAUCCCGACGUCCCGCGCGCCGCCGCGCCGACGCCCGUGCCCACGCCGAGCCUCGGCGGCGGCGGCGGCGGCGGCGGCGCGCCGCCGCGCCCCGAGGACGACGCGCCGCCGGCGUCGCCCGCGCGGCGCGCGUGGGAUGCCGUGAGCCCGCGGCUCCGGGCCGUCCUCGCGUUUCGCGAGGCGUCGCGGACGACGACGCCCACGCCGCCGCACGACUUCGCCGACGACGGCGCGGACGAGGCGCCGCCCCGGCCGCCGUCGCAGGACCCACCGCCGCCCCGCGUCGCGUCCGCCGCCGCCGGCGGCGGCUUCGACGAGGACCCCGACGAGCUGGCGGUCGCGCGCCUGGUCAAGCCCGCCGUCGCCGGCGAGGCCGGCGCCAUCGCCCUCGACUCGACGCUCGACGACGACGAGGCCGACGACGAGGGCGCCCCGGACGCGCCGGGCGAGGACCCGGGGGACCUGCCCUGGCGCGAGUGCUUCGACGACGCGCGCGGCCGCAACUACUUCUUCAACGUCUUCACGGGCGAGAGCCGCUGGCGGCCGCCGGCCGCGCCCUACGUGCCGUACUCACCCCGCCGAGCGGAGCGCGGGCCCGCCGACGCUGCCGGGCCCGGCGAUAGCGAGGCUCUCGGCCCCGCUCUCGUGGCGUCAUCCGGAAGCUUCUUGUGGCGUCGGUCCGAGGGUAGUCGUCAUCGAGCGCGCGGUCGGCACCGGAGUCUCUCUUCUCUCAAUCGCCGCGGUGGCAUGCUUUUUCUGCGGUAGUGUGCCCUGGCAAACGAGUCGCCUCGGCGAGCUCAACGCAACCCCCACGCAGGCGCCAGGUCUUUGCCCUUUUUGGGGGAGCGCUCGAUGCUGCCAGCGCGGGAGUUCAUACCCUCUCAAAAAGAAGCUUCCUCGUGGCGCCUCAACUCCAAAAGAGUUGCGUGGCCACGCCAUCGCCGCGGCACCGAGAAGCUCGAAGCCCUGCCCCCGCCCGUCGCGCGGCCGCCGAACCGCACGCGCGACCUGCUGCGCAAGACGUCGCUUUCGGGAGCUUUCGGCAAACCGGCGUGUCUCCUAAAGCAAGCGCGGGAGCUCGCGCCGGCCGCGGCGGACGCGGUCGAGGCGCGCCGCGGCGAGCUGCGCGCGGCCAUGGUGGCCUUCGCGGCGCGCGGCGACGCGCGCGGCGCCCGCGCCGUCUGGCUGCUGCACGAGCUCGAGCGGGAUCUGGUGCGGAAGUGGGGUUUAGUCGACGGCGAUCGGACGGCGACGCUGUCGGCCGUCGCCGCCGAGCUGCUUCGGCGGUUAGUCAUCGUGAUUUGAGCCGCGUCUUGGAGACUGAGUGCUUUCAUGUGUUUUUCGAUGGCGUCAGGAGUGCGACGAGGCGCGGCGGUGCCGUGGCCACGGCCACGCGCUCGCGCUCGCUCCAGGAGUGCUCCUCGCUACUGAUCCGAUCGCGUCGAUGGCAUAAGGGGCGCUCCAGGGGUCCUCCCGCGCAGGCGGAGCAGUGGGCGAGCGAGUUCGAGCAUUUGCCGGACCACAGGAGCGAGAUCACGCGCGUCUGGCUCGCCUCGAAGCUGAGGAUGGACGCCUUCCCAAGGACCGAGCGCCUCAUUUACGAGCGGACGCUGAAGCGCGAUUUGGAUUUCGCCAGUCAGUGGCACGCGCCGCAGCCGCCCUCUUCUAAAGUCGUGGCGUUCGCCUCGUGUGUCGCCGUGCUGGGCCUGGCGGGGCCCGUCUACGUGCUGCUCGUCUACGCGACGGCGCUCGGGCAGGCGCAGAGCUGGCCAUUUCUGCUCAACUUCUUCUUCGAGUUCAUGCUCGUGUACUUUUUGAUCGUGCCGCUGAUGAUUUUGUUCAACAAGAUCUUCCUUCCUUCGUUGUUGGAUGAAAGGCUCCAGCAGGACGCCUUUGAGGACGACGAGGGCUUUGGCGGUGCGAGCCCUGGAGCACCCCUUACGCCAUCAGAUGCUGCUCCCGUACCCGAACUCGAUCUUGAUCGCGUCGAUGGCGUCGAGCAGCGCAUUGUAAGGAUGCGGUCGUACCCCUACAAGACGCCGCUCAACGAGACGCCGCUCGACUUCCUCGUCGCGCGCGAGCCCGAGCUCAAGGCGCUGGUCGACGAGGCGCGGCGGUCCCGUGGCCACGGCCACGCGCUUGCGCUCGCCGUGGACCCAAGGCUCUCGCUGGAAGCUUUGGAGCAGAUUCACGACCAGGAGCACUGGAACCCGUCGUGGUCCGCGUGGCUCAUGCUCAACGUGUUGGGCGUCUUCCUGCUGCUCCCGGACACGAUGCAGGACAUUGUCAUGGAGGAGCUUUUGCUCAUCCUGCCGGCCGCUACUUAUUUGGUUAACGAGGGCGUGCUUCGGUCGACGGGCGGGCGGUGCACUGGCCGCGCUUUGAGUAGUUUUGUUGCUUUCGCGUCGAUGGCAUGUUUGUUUGGGGUGGGAUUUCGCGUCGGUGGCGUGUUUGUGGGGUAUCGCUCCAGGUUCGCGAAAAACGCGCAGGCGCGGCCGCAACUCGCGGCUCGACAACGGCUGGUUCCUGAUCGCGUUCACGCUCGUCUUUGGGCACGCAUGUGCUCUUUUGGUCACGGCGCUCGUCUCCAAGGCGCAGGCGCGCGCCGCCGCGCGGCACGAGAAGAAGAGGUCGCGCGUGCGGCGACGAGCGGCGACGCUCGUCACUUCCGAGGAAGGUGCGGUGUUUCGGCCUCGUCCUCGUGCGGGCCUCCUUGGUCUCGACGAUGACUCCUUCGAAGAAGGGGCCCGCACGGAACUCGCGUCCGCGCUCGCGCGGGCCAAAGCUGAGGACGACUCCGCUUCGGAUUUCUCUUCAUAAGUGUGAUAUGUCGUAUCUUGUAUUCUCCUGCGGUCCAUGCUCAGCAGCGUCCCCUAGGUUCGCUUCGCGGGUAGGUAGGUACUUAAUAAGGAACGCCCCGUCGUUCGCGCCAGCGUCGACGACGUCGCCCGGCGGCAGCAGGUGCGCGAACGCCUGGACAGGAUCCAGAGCCGCGGUUCCAUGGGGCAUUUCCAGAGCAGCGGUUCGGUUCAGCUCAGAGCGGGAGGGAGUCGUCUAUACUAGGGCCUUGGUGAAGGUCGUCCAGGAGCCAGCAGCUGCCGGGCCUCUCCGCGUCGCCGGGCCCGGACAGUACCGUACCGUACUGGUAUCUUGCAAUAUCGUCACCUGGGGCUCGCUACAAAGAUACUUUCUUACAUGUCGCGGCGGUAGCAGAGAAAAUAUAAUAUUCAUGGUUCCGAAUGAGAAAUUGGCUGUGAUGCUUCCAGAGCCUGCCAGUGCCUCCUUUUCUGUACAACUCAAGGCAGUGUUGCAAGAGAUAACUGCUCAGGCUCGACUCGGAGAUAGAGCGUUUACAAAGCAAAAGCUCCGACUCGGAGUCCGGGCCAGAGUCGCGGCAAGGACGGUUAAUUGCUUCGAUCCAGGACGGUUUGAGAGGUUUAUUCGAGAGUGCUCAGGAGAAAUAGCCGAAUUCUAUUGGAAUUUCCGGUAUGGGUGCAGGGUGACUAGGAGCAUCGUCCCUGUACGUGGGAUCAAUUGUGGGGUCGUCUCCGCCAGCCGCGGCGUAAUUAACCACGUAUUUUAAACUUCAAGCCGCGGUGGUCACUCGAGCCGUGGCUAGACUUCCGCCGACAACGCACAUUGGAAUUUCCGGUAGUAAGCUCGGCAGGCGUGAUGUGCCGCCGGCGCUUGGACUCCAUCGCGCGCUGGUCGCACUGGAACCGUCGCCGGGGCUCAUGCGCGGCACCGCCAGGCGAACUUCAAAGAGUGACGACUCUCAUCGACAGACCCGGUCUCGCUGAACCUACAGGCUCGGGCCAGAACCGCGUGGCGCCUUCCCGCAGCCGUUUUGUCCGGUUCGCUCUUUUGUCCUC